AUGGUGGUUCAGGAGGACAGUAAACUUCGGGGCCUAAGACAGGCUAUUUAUGUCUGCUCUGGCAUUUGCAUUAUUGCCACCGCUAUAAUAAUGGCUGUUAAACUUAUCUGGCUAAAUAGUUUCUACGAUUAUUACUACUAUGGAUAUAAAGACACGGAAAGAGCGUGGAUCAUAUCAAUUGGUGUCAUAUCAAUUUUGACUCAAUUCCUGGGCAUUUACACGGCGUCUAAACAAAGCUACAAGACAUCCCUGACCUACAGUAUUAUCUGCUCGUUAUUGGCCGGAGUGACCGUUGCUUACGCUGUACUAUACUAUAUGCUGGCAUUCAUUUUAGUGGUCGCACUGUUUGCCUGCGGUUCCGUCGCCUCCGUAUACGCUAAACACAUCCGGGCGCUGAAGAAACGGGCGCUCAAUACUAAUGUGGCCGUAUAUAGU